AAUCCAUCCUCACCUGCGAAGCACCGUAUACUUCCUUAAACCUUAUAUGAAACACAAAACCCCUCUCCCUCUCUCCCUCUCUCAGUUUUGUCGAUCUCCAUGUUCCUCCUUAGAAAAUCAAAUUGGGGUCUUGAAGAUUUGUGAUGAAUGAUGGCUUUCAGAGGCUUAAAGACAAUUCGGGCUCUGUUCCGUGCGACCCAGAUUCAAGAACCUGCCUAUCUGCUUGGAAGCUCGAGAAGCUACACAACUGGUAUUUCAAAUGUUGCUGAACUUAAUAACCGGAAUGUGUACUCAAGCUUAUUCCAUGGAGCACUUCCUUGGACUUCUAGAAAUGCUAUGACGCUGCGUUCUUCAAUGGCGGUCGAGUUGCCAAUGCUGUUGAGUGAGAAAAGGUUGCUGUCCACACAAGUAAAAGCUCCUGCUCAGGCAAGAAAAAUGGGAGGACUUACCGUUUCCAUGACAAGUCCUGGAUUUAUCUAUGAGCCUUAUGCACCUCGUGAAAAAGUGCCAUUUUUCCGGAGGUGGUUCACCAGAAGUGGCUGGAGAAGAACAAAAGAAGAAAUUAUUUUAGAGCUUAAAAGUGCAUAUGCUAUUCAUAAAUUAAGGAAAUCGGGAUAUUCAAAGAAUCUAUUCUACAAAGAAGCAGUCACUGUAUACAAGGAGAUAAAUACUCUAUUGGCAACUGGAGACAAAAACACUUUACGGAAAGCAGUUACGGAGAAAAUGUACUCUGAACUAAAGAAUGAAAUAAAACAGAGAGAAUCCAUAUGGAGUAAGGUUUAUUGGGAAAUGGUGGAGCCCAUUGAAAAAAUACGCACCUUGCGAGCACGAGUGAUUGGUGUUGAUCCAAAAGAUCUUGAAAAGGUGUUUAUACAGAUUACACUUGAGUUUCUGUCAAAGCAGAAAUUCGAAGCAUACGACUCAAAGGGUUCUGUUGUUUCUGGAGAUAAAUCUAAGGAGGUCCUUGUCCGUGAUAUCUGGGUAUUUGAAAAGUCUCUCUUCCAUCCUAAAUCUUUCUGGCGUCUAUGUGGGAGGAUUACUCUCUAAGCAAGUUAUUUUUCACCAAAGAUCUACCAUGUUGAUGAUGAAAUAAAUGUGUUACCCAGCUUCCUAAAUUUGAUUAUUGAUAUCUCAGUUCUGAUUUCAGUAUUUGGAUUCAAAUCUUGACCAACUAGAACUUCCAGUUUUCCCUUUAGAAAAUCGUAACAGUCAAUUUUGUACCAUUCGUCUGCAACUCUUCAGAAAUUGUCAUUUUUGUUUUGGAAGCAGUACUGUUAUUAUCCUUAGAGUAUAGGAUAUGAUACGUUUG